AUGCCUCUUACUACCUGCUCUGGACACCAGUCAAAAGCCCCACUUCGAGCUGACCAGCUUUCCACAUCAAAGGAUGGCAACAAAGCACAUUCUCGUUCUGCUCCAAAGUCAGCCAAUGUACCUUGUACUCAGCCUAAGCCUCAUCCCCUUCCAAGGUCCAAACAUUCUGACCCUUUAACAUCAUCUGCUGAGGAAGACAUUUUCUUUUCCAAUUUUGCCAGGUGCUCAUUCAUCAGGAACAAGUCCAAUAAUGCAAGUGAGGAACCCAAGAACCAGUUACCUGACAGUAACUUCACCAAUUCUUACCACCUUCUGACUACUGCUGAUGAUUUUGCAGAUGACAUGGAUAAUGAUACACAGCAAGUUGAAGCUUCUCUUGAGGAUGACAGUGCUGUUCCCCGCAAUGAGAGUGACACAGGUACAGGUAUCAGUCCUGCAGCAACAAACAAAAGGGAGACAACAGCCACUCAGUCCAAUGGUGAGCAUGGCAGCAACAUAGCAAUGAACAACAGGGUCAAUGUUGCAGUUUCAUCCUCAAAUGAACCCAAUGGUCAUGCAGCAGUAAAUGAAAGGAGGAUCAAUGCAUCUCCAUUCAACACUGACAGCGUGAUCCAAACAAAUGAAAGGGAGAAUGCUGCAGCCCAUCACCCGUGCAGAUCCAGUGCUCAGAAGUCAUACUUACCUUCUGACAAGGGGAAAUUUGUAGAGAGCUCUGGUUCUGAUAGUGACUGGGCUGCAACAGAAGAAAGGGCAAAGCAGUGGGCAGAGGCAGAGGCAGACAACAAUGAUGAUGAUUCUGAGGGUUGCAACAAAGAAGACAAGCUUGAAGAUGGGGACAAGAUGAUGCACAAAGUGGGCAGACUAUCUAAGGAAGCUAUUUUGGCAGUGCAUGAUUUUGGGAAGAGGGUCCAGGAGGAAGCGACUGACAUUGGCAAACGAUUUGGGAAACAUUGGCAGGUUAUUCUGAUGGAGGCAGGAUUAGCUAGGAAAGCAACUUGCAAGGAGUCCAUUUGGAAUCAGCAUCAGGCCUGGUUUAAAACUGUGCUGCACCUGUCCAAAGCAGCAAGCUUGCAGGCAUGGAAAGCCAAGCAGGCUGAGCAUUAUCAUACCUAUUCACACAAGGACCCUAAGAAUGCGGCUCUAUGGAAACAAAUCCAAGAGCAUUUUGAUCAUGCAAUUGCCACUCCUGAUGAUCUAUCCUCUCAAGAGUCAUGCAGUCUUAUGAUGGCAGUCCAUGAAAUGUUUGCAAAAUCACAUAUGAUAGAUGAGAUCACGACAAUUCUUAAGUACAAGGACUUAGAGGCUGCGCAAGCAGGAGGCAAGAAUAUUAAUUUUCUUCCACCGGCUGCCCCAGUCGCCAAUGCUUCACUUCUACGCAACAGUAAAUCUGAUAGGGAUAGAAAUUGCAUGGUUGCACCCAUGGUUAUCACCGAAGCAUUCACUGAAGCUGGUCAUGUGCUAAAGACUUCCAAUAGUAGAUGGAUGACAAUGCUUGAUGUCCUGUACUCGACAAGGUUAUGCAUCUAUGACUGGCCCACUGGAGUUCCACCCCCUGGCACUGAUUUUGACCUCAAAGCACUAUCCACAAGUCAGUUACAUGCCCUGGUGGGUCCAUAUUUGAGGAUUCAUCUUGGUGAGAUGUAUGAGGCUGAGUUGGGCCAAGAUGAGGAUGAGGAUGAUAGUGAUGCAGAGAAAGGCAAGAUGGCUAAGUAG